AUGUCACGAUGCGGUGCUACUGCUGACCCCAAAACAGGACGCCGGAAGUGGCGCUCACUAGAGACUAUGUGUCAGAAGAACUGUGACGCUGAAUCCGGAGCUCUAACCUCUCCUAGCCUCCUGGAGGAGGAUGAACCAGGGCCCCUGUCCUCCCAACAGCAGGCCACCAGUUCAAGGGACAAGAAGCCCCUAAGCUCCCUCCACCUUUCACACAGAGCCCAGGUGGCCUUGGAGUACCUGCCUUUCUUCUGCACCUAUGGGUGCCUCCUGGAAGAGGAGGGGUUGGUCCUGCAGCCCAAGACACGGCUCCAGGAGGACUCAGAACUGCUCAGUGGGUUCUUCCCUUACUACCGCUCUGAGGAGAGUUUGUCCAGCCUGGCCCUUCCUGGCUGGUCACACAGGGGCUCCCAAGAUCUGCCCACUGAGAAGGAGGCACAGGCUGGCAGCUUCUGCAGGACAACGGUCAGGGACGAAUGCUCUGUCUCUGCAGGGUUCCCCCAUGACAGUGACCGGGAUGCCCCUCUCUCCAGGGACCAUGGUCUUUAUGCCCCAGGAUUUGUGCACUACAGAACCCCUGAGGAGGGGCUACACACUAGCCCUGGGCCUCCUGCCUCUCCAUCUGGGAUCCAGGGGCCCUCAGGGUCUGCCCAGGGCUGGUGCAGUCACACCACGGGGAAGCCGGAGCUGACUGCAGCGGAAGCCACUGGAGAGCAGGCCCCCAGCACCCACUGA